AUGUAUCACAAUGACGCCGCGUAUCAUCACGAGGGAGAACAGCACAUGCAUGUUAGCAGGCAGUGGAGUGACAGGUAUAAUGGGUCUAUGCGGAAUAUCUAUUCGAAGAAUGGACAGACAAGGAACGAAAGUUGGAGGGAAGAGCAACAUUGUAGAGGAGGCCAAAUGAAUAGCCACACACCUCCGAACACAGAAGCGAUUGAUGCGAAAGUAAGUAGCGGAAGGUGCCCCUUUCGAAAUUCCUACGUCAACGUACUAUAUUUUCAAAAAUUAAAAUUAAAUAAAAAAUUGUUCGAAAAAAUGAAAAAUAAAAAUAUAGUCAUAUAUUUAAAAUAUAAAGAAACGACAUGCACAAGUAAAGACAUCCAAGUCACCAACUCGGAAAUAGAUAAUUUAUAUUUGACCUUUCUCGUUACCGAGCCGCUUGCAAAACAUGAAAAGCAAAUUAUAAAAAUAUAUAUAAAAUAUUUUAAAGACAACAAAUAUAAAAUUCUUUCAUUUGGAUUUGUUGAAUUAAAUUUUGAAGAGUUCACAGAAAAGUUUUAUAAAAAAAAAAGCUACAUGUUAUGUUAUGACAAGAGUAACAAUAAAUAUGUGUUUGGCUACUUCGUUUUGUUGUUGGCCAAUCAGAUAAAGUGGACCAUAUGCAACAGGAAAAUUUCGCAUGAGUUUAUUGGCAAGUCUUACUUCGUUUGUGACAGAAAUAAUUAUGAUCAUCAGAUUUUUUACAUUUGUAAAAAAAUUCAAAGUUUUUUAUUGCAAUCUGUUCGCUCCCGAGAGGGUAGUCAGAUGCACGCCUUUCAAAGCCGUGCCCUGCUCAAGCAUUUCGGCGUCACGCACAGCUGCCCGGGGACGUUUAGGUGGAGGAAGCCGCAGGAAGCGACACUCGGUGCGGGGCGUACGUGUAGCAGCUCGAGUGAAGAAGAAGAAGAAGAAGGGGGGAACUGCGCAGAGAGUGAAACGCAAGGGAAGACAGAAGUUUGUGACAGUGAGACCCAUCUGAACAACCCAUUAUGUGAUAAUGAACCCCAUGGGAAGACCGCCCUAUGCGGGUCCUUAACGCGCCUGGAUGAUACGUCCCCAAGUGAACGGAGCGAUCACGACGAACCAAGCACGCCAGACAACCAAGGCGAGCUCAUCAAAAAGAGAGCCUCAGAAAAGGGUGCAGAAGAAACGAGUGCAAAUGGCGAUCAGGAGCAAGAGCCAUACGAGUCGCACGAGUCCAACGAGUUCAACGUGUCUAACGAUCUCAAUGAAUCUAACGAACCUAACGAGCCUAACGAGCCCAACGAGUUCAAUAAGUUCAACGUGUCUAACGAGAUCAACGAGUCUAACGAGAUCAACGAAUCUAACGAGCCCAAUGAGUCAAACGACCCAAGUGGGUCUAACGAUCCCAACGAAUCUAAGGACCCAAAUGAGUCCAAUGAGCCCAACACUUUGCCCCACGAAGACGAUAUUCAGAUCAAAAAUUGUGCCACGGAUGAAGCGGAAACGUGCGUCUCAUAUGCGGCCCAGUACGAUGCCACCCACUGGCUGGAAAACAUAACCACAGGACCCUUCUCUUCAACGGAGGACCUGGAGCAAACAAUACAAAAGGACAAUCUUCCAAGUUGUGCUCAAAAGAGUCAAGUGGAGGCAACAAACACACACGAGGAAAGAAGCAAUGUAGAAAUUAAUAACGAUGCGUAUAAACACUCCGAUGCAGGAGACGCUUACGAUGAUACGCAGAAGGUAGAAGAGGACGAGUCCCUGGAGGAAAACACCUUUGAUUUAAUUCUAUGCAAAAAGGUGGAAAAUAUUUUAAACCACGAUGUAGACCAUUUUGUAGAGGAAGUCCAAUUUAUUCUCACGCACUUAAAAAAAAGGAUAAUAAAAACAAAUGAAUUUUUUGGAGGGCAGUUAAAAAAUGAUUACCCUGACGUUGAAGUGGUAGCGAACGACCACGUCGCAGAAAAGGGGGACAUGAAAACUGAAAAGGAUGAGGAUAUAAAAAAUAAAAAAAUCUGCAUUGCGAAUACUACAAAUGGUGAAAAAGAAAGUGAACAGAACUGUAACAUAAAAAAAGACAUACUUACCAUUUUGCAAAAUUGUGUAAACACCACUUCGCUUUAUAUUAAAUCUGUUUUGAAGGACAAACAUGUGAGCAAACAGGAGAAGGACAUUUUUGUCGUGUACGAUGAUAUCAUAGAUAAUAUAAAAAAGGCUAUAUCCCAGUUUUUGCAAGAGGGCACAACAUCAUAUGAGCAGAAUUUAAAUAUUUCGCGAGUGAAGUCGAUAAAUUUGGGAAAAAAAAAAAAAGAAAAAAAAAUUACAAAGAAGAAGAGUCAGUCUAAAUUGCCCCAAAUGUGUGCCCUUCGUAAGGAGAGCAAUGUAUCCUCCGAAAUGAGCAUUGACGAGGGUUCGCACGACCAACUCAAGAGCUUCAUCGGCAGACACGUGUCGACGGCCUUGCGAUACUACGAAGAUAAGUGGAAGCGCAAGUUAUCCGGAGCUCGCAGCUACGUCUGA